CCCUCGCACCCCAAGCGCACGCUCUAGUAUCGCGAUAUUAUCUAAAACCCUUGGCGUUGUAUCGCGAGAUUACUCUUGCUGUCUAGUACAGCACUAAAAGCUGUCAGUGAGGUUAGAGGGGGGCAAGUAUUUCUCAAAUCGGCGACUGCCGUUCAAACAGCGGCGUGAAUGUCCAAACCUGUGCUUUUGUGCAAUUACAAACGUAACGUGUGACACUGAGGGGGGAAACGGCAGCGUCCUCCUCCAAACGGUGCAGGCCAGCAGUCUCUGAACAGUGCUGUAACACAGCGAGCAAAUGGCGUUGAAAAGAAUCCAGAAGGAACUGACAGACCUACAGAGAGAUCCGCCUGCCCAGUGUUCAGCAGGUCCGGUCGGAGAGGACUUGUUUCACUGGCAGGCAACAAUAAUGGGGCCGAAUGACAGUCCAUAUCAAGGAGGGGUUUUCUUCCUUACGAUUCAUUUCCCAACAGACUACCCCUUUAAACCACCAAAGGUCGCAUUCACAACAAAAAUCUACCACCCCAAUAUUAACAGUAACGGCAGUAUUUGUCUGGACAUCUUGCGAUCUCAAUGGUCACCUGCACUUACUGUAUCCAAAGUCUUGCUGUCCAUCUGCUCCCUGUUAUGUGACCCGAACCCAGAUGACCCGCUGGUACCUGAGAUCGCACAUACAUAUAAAGCAGACAGAGAAAAGUACAACAGACUAGCGAGAGAAUGGACGCAAAAGUACGCCAUGUGAGAGUGCCUGCGACUAAAACACUACACAAUCAAACGGACAGAGAAGCGUGUUUUUACUUUGAACAAGAGGAGUCAAAAGAAGUGGAUGUUGAGGGGAGGGACCCUUGGAAGGGAAGGCGGAGGUGAGGAGGUGAGAGCCGCUGGUACAUGUUGGACGCUAUGUGCUGAAUCUGCUGUCAUGUGCCGUUCUCCCAGAUCCGCCGCCACAACGGCUUAGCCUGGAAAACUCCAGGAAAACUGUAAAACCGGACAAACCUCGGGGAACCACAACCCAGGAAGUUAGACUUGUACUUCUGUUAGUUCUGUUAUUACUGUCAUUGUGAUUUUCUCAGUGUUGCAUUCUCACUCUUGUCAUCACUGAACGAGGAAACGUCGGGCUGAAGUUGGAAUUGCGGCGAUACAGGAUUGAUUGUGUCUGAACCAUCGCACCGUCCCGUUGGAGUCCCUGUGGAAACCAUAGUUGUGUGUGCACUCAUGCACUUGGCAUGUUUAACGGUUUGUGGUAGAAUGUAAAAAAUCGGAUGUCAGAAAGACCUUACUGUAGUCUCCAACUUCCUGCCGUUUCAGUGUUAUCCCAUAAAACACUAUGAAUGUGAUUAGGAAGAGGUUGUGUCCUAAUGAGAUAAUGCGAUUUGAUUUUUGAACAAAUGGAGGUCAUCAAUAGUCAAGUGAGUCUAUAUCUUUGUGCUAUAAAAAGAAACCUAACACCAGGUCCUAACCAGACGCGAUGCAAAGAGAUUCCAUAUACCCUCAUUCACUGUUCCCUACGUUACUUCACUAAUAUAGUCCACUUACAGGAGUGAAUGAAAACAAGUGUGUGAACCUGGACUCUGAGUACAUCAGAAGAGCUGCAGGAAUUAAUUUGGCUCGACCCUCACAUGUUUUUAGUUGAGUGUACAUUGGUUGUACACUAGAUAUCGAGAUGCAUUGAAUGAGUGCACUCGAUAAUGUCCACUUCGGUUUCAGUCACCACUACAAAUGGCAGUUUCCUCCAAUAGUGACCUUUUAAGGGUAUGGGGCGAAUUUGUCUGUCCACAAAAGGCGCGACAAGGCACAAGAUGCAACAAAAUCAAUCACAACUCACAGCCAAUCAGAAGAGUGUGGGCGGAGCUCUCUGAAAGCUUACUGCUCACUCGCUGUGAAACGGAUAUGUAAUUUCAUCAAAUUUAACUAAAAUAUAUACUCAGUGAUUGAUACAAUUUUGUCAUUUUGUUGUGAAAUGCACUUGUUUGUUCACAGAGUUCACAGUUUGAUCUUGUUUAUUUCAAGGUGUUUUCAAGAUCUGAGGUACAUUAUCCAUUGUAGCUUUCAUUAUGGCGUUAAAUUCAUACAAAAAUGACGUUCAUAACGCAAAUGUAACUUUUAAUAUUGUACAUACCGGAGAUAAGUCUAAUCGUUGUCAGCCGCAAGGUAGCAUGAAUUGAAAAAAAAAAUUUGAAAAAUGAUUUUAAAAUUAAGUUUUUGAAAAAUAGAAUCACUCGUCGCUUACCGCCAUCGCUGUUGAUUAGGACAAAAGCAAAAUGUUAAACAAACCCUUUUCUCGUGGCGUGUUGCAUUGCGUCUCAUUAGGACACUGUUAUUUUUAAUUAUUAGACAUAAAUAUUUUUUUAUUUAGUUAUAAUCCUAUCUCCUUUUGACAUUGUUUAUUUAACCUUGAGCGUCGGUCGAUUUCAGAAUUAAGCUGGCCGUUCACACAGGGCAUGUUCUUGCUUUCCAUUUGCGCUGUAUUUUCAAUGUUGCUCUAUGUAAACGUUCAUCGUUUGAUGUGCAGUUAGAAUGGUGUCGAUUUGAAAAGAAUGGACCAAUCAGAUGAAUCUGGGGGCACGUUAACCGUAUUUACUGUACAUAUGGACAAGCUCCGUCAACCUGUUUUUAAUGCAAAAACGUGUCUUGCACGAACGGCCACUAAAUUUAAUUCACCUCAGCUGCAUGUGCAUGAUAUGGCAGAUGUGUAAGUAUUUGUUUUGAUAAGUAUUGUGAAGUUGCUUUAGGAAUCAAGGCAGGUUUUUAUACUUGUCUUAAAAAUUCACCCAAUUUGUUUGCAGAAAAAAAGAGGGAGCAAAAAAGCUGAACGGUGGGACUGUGUGGGGAAGAAAAAAAAGAAAUGCCACCAUUUCUGCCAAAUGUGACUAUGCCCCUUUCAGAUUUGCAGGCAAUGGGCACGUCAUAGCGUAUGAAUGCAAUAUUUUUUUGGCUACUUAGCAUUUAUCUCUUCUACAAAUCUGUCUGCAAAAGUGUAAUCUUAAUAAUCUUUAGAUACUCUUGUUCCUGUAGUCACUAAUAUUACUAACUUUUGACAGUUGAUGGUACGUUUGAUGUAUGACCUGCUGGACUCAAGUACUUUUACUGAAAAUUGAUUUUUGUAAACGCACUCAUUAACUCAUGGCUGCCUAUUUAGAGGUGGAUGAUCAAGAUGUUUACACAGAGCAGAAUGAAAAAAAAUUGUUUCUUCACUCGUCUAAAUAGGGCUAAAUAUUGCCAGAAUUAUAUUAAGCACCAUAUAUGUGUUCUGUCACCAAGAGAAUUGACAUUUGUGUCCAGUAAAGCUUUGGAUGAUCCAAACUUUUUGAAACGGCAGUAUAGCUAAGGGAUAGUUUACAACAAAAUGUGAAUUCUGCAAUCAUUUACUCACGUUUCCAAACAGAAUUGAUGACUUUCCUCUGUGAAACACCAAAAGAGAUAUUUUGAAGUAUGUUCACGCUGCUGUUUUCAUACAAUGAAAGCAGAUGGGGACCAUGAACUUUCAAGCUCCAAAUCAAAAGUUUGCCAUUUGUUCCAAACUGAAAUCUUAGUAGAUGUUUAUUGGAAAUCUUUGCAAUUGUUGCUUGACCGCUGUGGUCACCAUUCACUUUAAUUGCGUGGAAAAGAGCAGCAUGAACAAACUUCUAAAUUUCUCCUUUUGUGUUUUACAGAAAAAGGUCAUCAGUUGGAUUUGGAAAACAUGAUGGUGUGUAAAUAAUGAUAGAUUGAUUUUUUCUUUUUAAUUGAAGUGAAUGUAAAAUUGUAUGCCAACUUCUCCUAACUUUGAUUCAAAGACCAAUGGUAUCGUCUUUGCAUCAGUAAAAUUUUCACUACUAAACGUGGCUCACUGGUUGUGCGUCUGGAAGUAGAAUGUUACGUUUAAGUUAUUUAUUUAUUUUCUAUUUAUUUGUCGUCUUCCAGUCAUCAGCUCAAAUGCAGUUAGCCUGGAAUUGCGAGUUGCUUCUCUCUGAUGCUUCGUCUGAAGCAGCCGGUCGAGUUGCAACCCUUUUUGAGAUUGUGCUAAGGCAUGUGUAUAUCAUGCUUUGCACUCUGGUAGUCUACAAACCUUUUCCCGCAGCUAUUUGCAAGAUAUCAGGGAUCUUUUUUCCAUUCUCUCACCUCCCCCAAGACCCUCAAUAAAACCUUAGCCUUAACCAUCAAUGUAUAAGCAACUGUACUGUACCAUUUACUUUGUUUUAACUGUUGAUGGGUACUGUACUACUUUGUGUAUCGCAUAUACACGUACACAGAGCCAUAAUGACCUCUCCUUGCUAACCGUUUGUGCUAGAAAACCCUGUCAUCUAACCAGCUCUCUCCUCAGACUCAGUACAGCUGAGACUAACCUCCAAGGUGUCAACUUUAGUGAAUAAAGCUCCUUUUGUUUAA